AACAAAAAGAAGAAUAAAAAAAAAGAGACCAACCAUGCAUAGUGUUUCCUUCAAUUUAGAUUCAGACCAAGCCCGACUCCAUGAACUCGGCUACAAACAGGAGCUCAAGCGCCAACUCUCUGUGGUGUCAAGCUUUGCCUUCUCGUUCUCAUUCAUAUCGGUUCUGGCGGGGAUUACUGUGACAUACAACACCGGACUCAGGUAUGGGGGGCCCCUGUCGAUGGUCAUCGGGUGGAUCGUGGUGUCGAUCUUCAAUGGGUUUAUCGCGCUUUCGAUGGCCGAGAUUUGCUCGGCGUUCCCGAUUUCUGGUGGGCUGUACUACUGGAGUGCUAAGCUAGCAGGGAAGGAGUUUGGUCCCUUUGCUGCUUGGAUCACUGGAUGGUUCAAUGUAGUUGGCCAGUGGGCAGGCACUGCUAGUGGAGAAUUUGCAUUUGCUCAGAUACUUCAGGUCAUCAUUCUGCUCAGCACAGGAGGAGCCAAUGGAGGAGGAUACUUCGCAUCAAAAUAUGUUGUAAUUUGUUUCCAUGGAGGUGUACUGCUAAUUCAUGGCAUUAUCAAUUGCCUUCCCAUCUCAUGGUUAUCGGUAUUUGGCCGAAUUGGUGCUAUUUGGAAUGCUAUAGGUAUUUUUCUGCUCAUGAUAUUGAUUCCUGCGGUAGCUACAGAAAAGGCUAGUGCCAAAUUUGUGUUUACACACUUCAAUACUGACAAUGGUGCUGGAAUCCACAGCAAGAUUUACAUUUUUGUUCUGGGACUCUUGAUGAGCCAGUACUCGUUCGCUGGCUACGAUGCAGCAGCUCACCUGACAGAGGAAACAAAGAACGCAGAUAAGAGUCCAGCUCUGGGAAUAAUAACAGCAGUUAGCUUAUCAGGACUUGUUGGCUGGGGAUACCUCAUCGGCAUUACAUAUGCUGUAACAAACAUCCCCUAUCUAUUAAGUUCUGAAAACGAUGCUGCAGGCUAUGCCAUUGCUCAAGUUUUCUAUCUUGCUUUCAAGAACCGAUAUGGAAGUGGAGUUGGGGGGAUAGUUUGCUUAGGGAUUGUUGCUGUUUCUCUGUUCUUUGUUGGUAUCAGUGGUGUCACAAGCAAUUCCAGGCUGGUGUAUGCAUUCUCUAGAGAUGGAGCAAUGCCAUUAUCAUCAGUGUUGCACAGAGUGAACAAGUACGAAGUACCGAUAAAUGCAGUGUGGUUAUCAGUGGUUGUAGCAUUCUCCAUGGCUUUGACGUCACUAGGAAGCCUAGUAGCAUUCCAAGCCAUGGCAUCUAUAGCCACGAUCGCUCUCUAUAUCGCUUAUGGACUCCCUAUCUUCUUCAGAGUAACAAUAGGUCAAAAAUCUUUCAUCCAAGGUCCUUUCUCUCUUGGUCGGUAUGGAGUUCUUAUCGGUUGGCUUGCUGUUCUAUGGAUCGCAACUAUAAGUGUUCUCUUCUCUCUACCGGUUUCAUAUCCUAUUACGAGAGACACAUUGAAUUAUACACCUAUUGCACUUGGAGGAGUUAUUAUUCUUACUUUUUCUUCAUGGUUUUUAAGUGCUAGGUAUUGGUUCAGAGGUCCUAUAAGAAACGUCGAGGUUGAGUUGUGAAAGUAAUUGAAAUUGUAUUGACUCAUGUUUGGCUUCGGUGAUUAUUAGUGCAAUUUCAAACAUCUC